AUGGAGAAGCAGUCGGUGUUUCUAAGGCCACUGAGGGUGGCAAAGCGAAUGCAGAGAGGGGAAACCAUCUCGGAGGAAGUUGAGUUUAUCGAAAUAUUUGGAAACACUGAAGAAGUGGAUGGCAGUGAUAUUGAAUUAGGGUAUAUUCGAGUCGAACCGAGCUUGAGUAGUGGGUUUUUAUCUGGUGUCCUCGCUCUCUCUCCUCUCGUCGCAUCUUCUCCUUCCGAUACUCAUCUUCAUAUCAUACAGGAGGUUUACACUAUGGCGACUGCUGAGGCAGCGCCAACAUCUUUGGGUCCUCGGUAUGCUCCUGACGAUCCGACUCUGCCACAACCUUGGAAAGGAUUGAUUGAUGGUAGCACUGGUGUUUUAUACUAUUGGAAUCCGGAAACAAAUGUUACUCAAUAUGAAAAGCCUGCUGCUGCAGCACCUCCAUUGCCGUCUGGUCCUCCUCCCUCCGCUUCUACAUCCACGAUGGCCCCUGUCCAAGUUGCUGAUGUUCAAGGCCAUCAUAUGCAAAAUCAACAGCAAACAAGUCCUCUUUUGCACCAACAAGUAAACACAAAUUCUUCUCAGUCCGCUCAACAGCAUAAUUACCUGGUGCACCCUAGUGGGCACAACCAACAGGGUUCACCGCAAGUGGGAUCAACUUUGCAACAAGUUCAGCUAACAGCACAACCCCUAAGACCUCAAAGUAUGCAAUUUUUUGGUCAACAACCCUCUUUUACGCAAUUGGGGCAAGUACAGGGGCAGCAGGCUGGACAACAAGUUUCACAACAGCCAAUCCACUCGAUGGGCCAUACAGGUCAAAUCUAUCAGGGUGGGAAUCCGCAGAGUUAUAAUCGAUUUCCUCACCAGCAACAAGCUCAGUACAUGCCACCUUAUCAACAGCAUCUAAUCGCGUCGCAGAGUCAUCCCCAAGCCUUGCAAGGGCAGCAGUUCCCCGGUCAGCAAGAUAACAAGUCAGGAUUUGUUCCCUCAGAGGAUACUGAUCAAGUUGGACAUUCACCUGUACGUGUUCAGAAAAAUGGUUCAUCGUCAUCUAUUCAAAAUGUUCCAGCAGGAACAAGUUCUCUACAGGCACCUCAUAUGAAUGUUCCGCCUAGUCAGUAUGUCAGUUCCUCGAUGAACAUGCAGCAGUCUGCAUCUCCUCUAGCUUUUCCGCAGAGUGGGUCCCAAGGUGCUCCUAGGUUCCAGAAUCAUGUGAGCCCUGUUAUUAAAGGUGGUGGUCAACAACAGCCAAAUGUGCCUCCUUAUGGCCCAAAGCCAGGUCUUGAUGACGGACAACCUUCUGGACGAGGUGGAAAUGAUUUUUUUUACAAUCGUAACCAGGACAGCAGCCAAGGGAUGGUCCCUCAACAGCAGCCGAAGCUUGCAGCAAUUCCCAUGGCAAGAAAUAAUCAGCAAGAGAUGAGGAGGGGUGAUGUCCACCUUCAAAAUGUCAGGCCCAAUUUUUCCGGGGGUGGGAAUGGUAUGACUGGUCCGCCUCCUACGCAUGACGUAUAUGGUCGUCCUACUGGCGUGCCGUCGUUUCCCAACAAUUCUUUCAUGAGGCCUCCUGCAGGCAUCACGGGGCCUGCUGACACUGGUGUCAUGCCGCUUUCGCCUGCAGACCUUUAUUGCCAGACACAUGAAGUAACUGCGACGGGUGACAAUGUUCCUGCUCCUUUCAUCACAUUUGAGUCCACGGGGUUUCCGCCAGAGAUACUGAGGGAGAUGCAUUUUGCUGGUUUCUCGUCACCAACACCGAUCCAGGCGCAAACUUGGCCGAUUGCCUUGCAGGGUAGGGACAUAGUUGCCAUUGCGAAGACUGGUUCUGGGAAAACACUGGGAUACCUAAUACCGGCAUUUAUGCAUCUUAGAAGACUCCAGAAUAAUCCACUGUACGGCCCGUCUGUGUUGGUUUUGGCCCCAACACGGGAACUUGCCACACAAAUACAGGAUGAAGCCAUCAAGUUUGGCCGAUCUUCUAGAGUGACUUGCACAUGUUUGUAUGGGGGUGCUUCGAAAGGUGCUCAGUUAAAGGAACUCGAGAGGGGAGCUGAUAUUGUGGUGGCCACUCCUGGUCGUCUUAAUGACAUUCUUGAGAGCAAGAAGAUUGAUUUUAGGCAGAUCUCGCUUCUCGUGCUUGAUGAAGCCGAUCGAAUGCUUGACAUGGGAUUCGAGCCUCAAAUUCGGAAGAUUGUCGAUGAAAUACCGCCACGGCGACAGACACUUAUGUACACUGCAACUUGGCCUAAAGAAGUAAGAAAAAUAGCAGCCGAUCUUCUUGUCAAUCCAGUUCAGGUGAACAUUGGGAGUGUUGAUGAGCUUGCUGCCAAUAAGUCAAUCACUCAGUACGUUGAAGUUGUCCAUCCAAUGGAGAAGCAAAGGCGCUUGGAGCAGAUUCUGAGAUCCGAAGAGCGAGGUUCCAAGAUUAUAGUUUUCUGCUCAACGAAGAAGUUGUGUGACCAGCUCGCACGAAGUAUUGGGCGUAACUUUGGUGCUGCCGCAAUUCAUGGAGACAAAAAUCAGAGUGAGAGGGAUUAUGUUUUGAAUCAAUUUCGCUCUGGAAAGACGCCCAUUUUAGUAGCCACUGAUGUGGCAGCUCGUGGUCUUGAUAUACGAGACAUAAGGGUGGUUAUCAAUUACGAUUUUCCGACUGGCAUUGAAGAUUAUGUCCACCGUAUUGGAAGAACUGGAAGAGCAGGGGCGACAGGAGUGGCAUAUACCUUCUUUUCUGAACAGGACUGGAAAUAUGCUGCUGAUCUCGUAAAAGUAUUGGAGGGGGCAAAUCAGGUUGUGCCUCCCCAGGUUAGAGAUAUGGCUUUACGUGGUGCCUCUAACUUUGGCAGAGAUAGAGCCGGUGGCAUGAAUCGCUUUGAUUCCGCCGGCAGCGGAGGACGCUGGGAACCUGCUGGCGGUCGUGGUGGUGGGAUGAGAGAGAAUGGGUUUGGUGGACGAGGUGGUGGAAUGAGGGAUGGUGGUGGCUUUGGUGCACGUGGAGGGGGGAGAGAGGGUGGGUUCCCAGGGCGAGGUGGCAUGAGGGAUGGAGGUUUUGGUGUUGGCCGUGGCGGAAGCUUUGGUGGCGGCCGUGGUGGGAUGAGGGAUAGCGGCGAUUAUGGUGUCCGUGGGGGAAGAGAUGGUGGCUUUGGUGGCCGUAGUGGUGGCUGGGACAGGAAUGAGCACUUCAAUCAAAUUGAUGGUAGAGGAGGGCGUGGGGGCAGAGGAGGGCGAGGUUGGGGGGGUCGGUUUGAUAAUAAUAGAAGAGAUGUCGGAGAUAGGAGUGGAGGAAGAAGCUACAGCCGUAGCCCAGAGAAGGUAAGAACUUGGGGUAGCAGGAGCAGGAGCCGGAGCCUUAGUAGUAGAAGUUACAGUCGGAGUCGCAGUAGGAGUAGAAGCUGGUCCAGAAGUUAUAGCCCAAGGCGGCGUAGCCGUAGCCGUAGCCGUAGCCGUAGCCGAAGUCGAAGCAGAAGCAGAAGCAGAAGCAGAAGCACAAGUUAUGAAAGGUAUCGGAGUAGGCGUCCACCUCGCCAAUCUAAGUUUGAUCAAAUGGAACCAAAUGUACCAAAUGCAGCAGAUGUUGUGCCUCCAUCAGGUAUGCCUCCUAUCUCGUCAGCUACUACACAACAAGGGAAUGGAUUUUCUGGAGUUUUGCCGGCAGUUGUUGGACAGGCACCACUGUUAAGUUCAAGCACUCAUGAUGGCGGGGGUUCUGCCCGGGUCUAUGGAGGAUCUGAUCCUAGCAAUUUUGGCAGUGAACCGUAA